GUCGAUUUUACACAUACGUCGAGUCGAAUUUGUAAUUAUCAUAUUGUAUUUAAAACAAACUAAUUGUUGAAAUAUCGUAUCGAUUUGACUACGGUAAACACACACGACUUAACCGAUACAACCUACAAUCGAACGGAUACAAUUCAUAGUCCUGGGCGCCGAUCUCCAGAGGUCCUUGUUGUGCCCCACGAUCUGAAAUCGUGCAUCCAAGUCUUGCAACGGCACGUGAAUCAAGGCCAUAAGGCCCAUAACGCCUUGGCUCGCAAAUGAACAGUCAAACCAACCCCUGUCCUUCAAAGUUCAAAAAAAGAAAUUAUAUAAAAAAUGAAAAAGAAAGAAACUUGCUUACAGUUCAGAGCUCGCUUUACGACAUUCGGAAUCGGAGGAUAGCUCCAAAAAUAAUAACAGAGGAAAAGAAAGGAAGGCAUAAGCGAUCUCCCAACACUCCACCCCACUGUGGCCAGCUCCCCAAUCAGAACCCCGAAACAGCUCAGAAGAGAAGACUAGGAAGGAAAAAACGAAUGGAAAAGGUCGAGACUUUAACCGAAGUUAGCGGCUUUAUGUCGCUCUUCUUUCCCUGAUUUUGAUCAGUUGGUGGGUGAAGCUUGAAGAAGUUGAAGGAGAGGGUUUACGAAGAAGAAGGAAGUAUGAGUGUCUGUGUAACUGUAAUGACCUUCAAUCUGCAUGAAGAUCGGGCGGCAGAGGAUGGUAGCAGUAGCCCCAAUUCAUGGGAGAAGAGGAGGGAUUUGUGUUUGAGUGUCAUUACUAGUUACUCCCCUUUCAUCCUUUGUACUCAACAAGGAGUGAAGUCACAGUUGGAGUAUCUGCAGCAAGGUUUGCCAGGUUAUGAUCAAUUUGGUGUGUCGAGAAAAGGAUUCGAGGAUAGUACUGAUGAAUACUGCACCAUCUUCUACGACAAGGAGAAGGUAGAACUACUAGAAGGAGGAACGUUUUGGUUAUCGGAGUCUCCAUCUGUCCCGGGAAGCAUAUCAUGGGGUGCUUCAGUACCGUGCAUUGCAACUUGGGCGAUAUCCUUCCAAACUCCUCCAGUUUUCUUUAUAUGGCUUGUCUGGUUUACCUCUUUGCUUGCUUUCCUUGACGUGGAGUCCACACAUUCCAACUGAAAGGAGCUGAGCCCCCAGGGUUCUCAUUCCAGAUAGUGAACACAAACAUGGAUGAGUCGAGCCCUCGUGCCAGAAGACGAAGUGCUUUGCUCACUUGGCAGCAUAUUGCUUCAUUACCUCCCAGCCUUCCAGUUGUUUACUGUGGUGGGUUCAACACCAAGAAGGAAUCAACUACAGGGCGUUUCCUUCUUGGUAGAUCAAGAGAGCAUGGAUCCAUGGGAGAUAUGAAAGACGCCUGGCCUAAUGCUCGAGUGAGGAAGAAUGUCUCUUUAAUACGCACGUACCAUGGAUUCAAAGGCAACAAGCAAGGAGCUCUCGAGUUUGUGAAGUUAAUCUUCCGAGCAUUGUGCCUUUGCUGGGACAGGCAGACACAGGACCUCCACAUAGAUUGGAUCCUCUAUAGGGGGAGGUCUCUGAUCCCAUCGUUAUGUGAAGUAGUGAGCGACAAUAUUGAUGGCUUCUACCCUUCCGCUCACUACCCUAUUUUCGCCGAGUUCAUGCUUCCUCGUUCUGUGAGACUCGUCGAACAACCACCAGCACCAGCUGCUGCAGCAGCAGCAGGUGCUGAGCAGGAAAACCAAGCUGCAUCAUGAAUGGAAAUCCAGGGUCUUCGCUAGUUCCAAGUUUACUUUUCUGGUCGAUUUCAUACCGCGAUUCAUUGAUUGUUGCAAGAAUGUGUAGCUAGGUUGUUGUCUGGUCUUAUAGCAGGAUUGUCUGUUGUUCUAGGACCAAAUUGGAAACUUUCCCAACAUGUUCUACGUUGGGUUUUGGUUGUCUUAGAAGCUAUGCUGGAAAGAGACUUUGGGUAGUUUUUUCAUAAUGAAGAUUGUGAGAUGGGAGAUGUUUUCCUCUUUCUACAAGUCUGGUUUUGAAUGGUAGUUGGGAAAUUGACUCCUGACCCUCGGUUUGUCUUGAAAGAGACUUGGAGUGGUAUGAAUUUGACAACUUUAGGAGGAAAUAUGAAGAUCC